GCACGCUGACUUAAAGUGUCGUAAAAACGCAUGACAAACUAAUGAGGCGUCGCUGGCUGUUUUUUUUCUCUCUCCCACUCGUCGUGCGGGAGGCUUUCGUGUUUGUGGACGGGCCAACCUCCCACUUCAGUUAAGAACCAUGGCGGGAGCGGACGAAUUUAUGAAGUAUCGUUCGCCACUGGUGUCAAGAUAUGCCAGCAAGGAAAUGGCCUACAACUUCAGCGACAGGAAGAAAUUCACAACGUGGAGGAAGCUGUGGAUCUACCUCGCUAAGGCUGAGAAGGCUUUAGGUUUGCCCAUCACAGAUGAGCAAAUCACGGAGAUGGAGAGUCACGCGGAGGACAUCGACUUCUCCAUGGCAGCGGAGGAGGAGCGUAAACUCCGCCAUGACGUUAUGGCUCACGUGCACACCUUCGCACACUGCUGCCCAGCCGCGGCCCCCAUCAUCCACCUGGGAGCCACCUCCUGCUACGUGGGAGACAACACGGAUCUGAUUAUGCUGCAUGAUGGAUUCGACAUUCUUUUACCCAAGCUGGCCAGAGUCAUCGACAGGCUGGCAAACUUUGCAGAGGAAUAUUCGGACCUGCCCACGCUGGGCUUCACACACUACCAGCCGGCCCAGUUAACCACAGUUGGAAAGCGAGCGUGCUUGUGGCUGCAGGACUUGGCCAUGGACAUGAGGAACCUGCAGCGGGCACGCGAUGACCUGCGUUUCCGUGGGGUCAAGGGGACUACCGGCACUCAAGCUAGUUUCUUGCAGCUCUUUCAGGGAGACCAUGAGAAGGUAGAAGACCUGGACAGGAUGGUUACCGAGAUGGCUGGCUUCAAAAAAGCUUACCUGGUGACUGGUCAGACAUACAGUCGUAAAGUGGAUGUUGACAGUCUGUCCAGCCUUGCCAGUUUGGGAGCCACUGUCCAUAAAAUUUGUACCGACAUCCGCCUGCUGGCCAACCUGAAGGAGAUUGAGGAGCCUUUUGAGAAGGACCAGAUUGGUUCUAGUGCCAUGGCGUACAAGAGGAACCCAAUGCGUGCUGAGCGGUGCUGUAGUCUUGCCCGACAUUUGGUGGCGCUGAUGGCCGACCCUUUGCAGACGGCUUCAGUGCAGUGGCUGGAGAGGACGCUGGAUGACAGCGCCAACAGGAGGAUCUCUCUGCCGGAGUCCUUCCUCACCGCUGACAUCAUCUUGAGCACUCUGCAGAACAUCACCGAAGGUCUAGUGGUCUACCCCAAAGUCAUAGAAAGGCACAUCCGCCAUGAGCUGCCCUUCAUGGCCACAGAGAACAUCAUCAUGGCCAUGGUGCAGGCCGGAGGCAACAGACAGGACUGCCAUGAGAAGAUUCGCGUCCUCUCCCAGGAGGCGGCCGCUGUGGUCAAGCAGGAGGGUGGUGACAACGACCUGCUGGCAAGAGUCCAGGCGGACCCUUACUUUGCUCCCAUUUUGGAACAACUGGACGCCCUGCUCGACCCCAAGACCUUUAUCGGACGUGCUCCCCAGCAGGUGGCCAGAUUCCUGUCAGAAGAGGUGCGCCCUCUGCUGGAGCCUUACAACUCCAAAAUGGAUGUCAAGAUGGAGCUUGAGCUCUAACACACUAGAACACACACAGGCCGUCUCUCAAGUACUUCCAUCAGUACACUUCAAUAUGUAUAAUAUGUUCACUGUGUACUUACUUCCUGACUUACCGGAAACGGCGAUUGCAAUAUCCAAACGCUCGACUUAGUCCCGCCCCUUCUGCUAAGUAGGCAAGAUAGAGAUGAUCAAAGGUGGUAAGGGUCCAAAGCGGCACACUCAACAUUUGGUGUUUUUAGUGCACUAACCAGGUACUGACAGCACACUCAGAAGCCUAAGUAUGGAAGUACAGUGCACAAAUUGAGAGACGGUAACCAACCAUUAAAUUAGAAAUAUAGUGAAAACAACUUUUUAAACUGUAAUAGAAAAAAAUCAUGAAUUAGUUCUCUGUUUUGUUGAAGCCUGUGACAACAUUAUGUAAUAAUGUAAUACAUUUUUACCUCAUUAUUUCAUAAUUGUACACAUUACGUAAUACCCUUUUUUUUUGCCAUACCCUUUUUCAUAAUGCGGGUGCUGCACUUUAAAAAAACAAAAUAAAAUGAACAAUUUAGUCCACUGUGUUAGAAACCAUUAAAACUGAUGCCUUAGUUAUGAAAAUGUCACAGCAAGGCCUAAAAUAUUUAGAUUUUCAUCACAUUUUUGACAAACAACAAUCAAUUUGGUCAUUGAUAGAAGAAAACUAAUGUUUCUGUUUCAUAUUUGCAUUAGAGGUUUUAUUUUUAGUAUCGUGUAUAGUAUAUAAUGUUAUCAUAACAUAAUAUAUAUUGCAUGAGUGUAUGCCCGUCAACAUUUUAGUUCAAUGGUCAUUUUAAUUUCUGUAAUAAAUCAUUAGUAUAACUUUUGUUUAUGGCUUGCAACCACAUUCUCCAUUAUUAUCAGUAAAGCUAAAUUGAAUGUAUUUGAUCAAUGAAACUUCCUAUUGGAUUGUGGAACUGUGGACCAGGUCUAUACUCUCGGCAGAGUCCUUGAGGGUGCAUGGGAGUUUGCCCAACCAGUCUACAUGUUCUUUGUGGACUUGGAAAAGGCAUUUGACCAUGUCCCUCAGGAAGUCCUGUGGGGAGUGCUCAGAGAGUAUGGGGUAUCAGACUGUCUUAUUGUGGCGGUUCGCUCCCCACACGAUCAGUGUCAGAGCUUAGUCCGCAUUGCCAGCAGUAAGUCAGACCCGUUUCCAGUGAGGGUUGACUCCGCCAAGGCUGCCCUUUGUCACAGAUUCUGUUCAUAACUUUUAUGGACAGAAUUUCUAGGCGCAGUCAAGACGUUGAAGGGAUCCAGUUUGGUGGCUGCAGGAUUAGGUCUCUGCUUUUUGCAGGUGAUGUUGUCCUGAUUGCUUCAUCUGGCCAGGAUCUUCAGCUCUCACUGAAUCGGUUCGCAGCAGAGUGUAAAGCGAACAGGGUGAAAAUCCACAUCUCCGAGUCCAUGGUUCUCGCCCGGGAAAGCGUGGAGUGCCAUUGUCGGGUUGGGGAGGAAACCCUGCCCCAAGUGGAGGAGUUUAAGUACCUCGGAGUCUUGUUUACAAGUGAGGGAAGAGCGGAUCGUGAGAUCGACAGGCGGAUCGGUGCGGCGUCUUUAGUAAUGCGGACGCUGUAUUGAUCCGUUGUGGUGAAGAAGGAGCUGAGCCGGAAGGCAAAGCUCUCAAUUUACCGAUUGAUCUACGUUCCCAUCCUCACCUAUGGUCAUGAGCUUUGGGUUAUGACCGAAAGAACAAGAACACGAGUAUAAGAGGCCGAAAUGAGUUUCCUCCGUUGGAUGGCGGGGCCCUCCCUUAGAGAUAGGGUGAGAAGCUCUGCCAUCCGGGAGAAGCUCAAAGUAAAGCCGCUGCUCUUCCACAUCGAGAGGAGCCAGAUGAGGUGGUUCGGGCAUCUGGUCAGGAUGUCACCCAAACGCCAUGGGGAAGACCCAGCACACGUUGGGUAGACUAUGUCUCCCGGAUGGCCUGGGAACGCCUCGGGAUCCUCUGGGAAGAGCUGGACAAAGUGGCUGGGGAGAGGAAAAUCUAGGCUUCCCUGUUUAGGCUGUUACCCCCCUGAGCCGACCUCUGUAAGCGGAAGAUAGAUGGACGGAUGGAUAUUACAAAAUGUAGUGUUAUUACAUAAUGAGGUGACAAUGUAUUACAUUAUAUAAUGUGUUCUUACAUUGCCUCUUUUGCCACCUGACUUUUAAAAAAAACAUAAAAUCAGGAAUGAUUUUUCAUGUUAAAAUUAGAUCCACCAACAAACUACAAUAAAUGAUACUACUGAUUGGAA